AUGGCGAGCCACGCCUCCUUGCGCCGCUUGUUUCUCUCCACCAUCCAUUGCAAUCUCUAAUUAAUGUUCAUCCAUUUCUCUCCAGUAACUGUUCCUCCAUUUCUCUGUCUCCAGUAAUUAACUGGCUAGUAAUUUAUCAAGGAGUCGAUCGUCCCGUGUGGCAGGGUGAUCGAUCGAGGCACGCGCAGCCGGCGACCGCGCGAGCCAUGGCUGCAUUGUUCUCGACGAGGCUGGGCCGUCAGGCGUCCGGGUACCUCCAGGACAAGUACAAGCAGGCCAGGCUCGCCCUCGGCGACAUCACGCCGGCGGAGCUGCUGGUGCAGGAGGCGACCAACGGCGACCCCUGCGUGCCGGACGCCAAGACGCUGGCGUGCAUCGCCGACGCCGCCUUCGACAUCGACGACUACUGGCGGAUCGCCAACGUGCUGCACCGCCGCCUCGGCAGCGUCCACGACUGGAAGGAGUGGCGGCCCGUGUACAAGGCGCUGGUCGUCCUCGAGUUCCUCCUCACCCACGGCCCCGAGGAGCUGCCCAGGGACUUCCUCCCCACCAUGAAGGCGCUGCGCGACCUCCGCGGCUUCACCUACAUCGACGACAAGGGCUUCGACUGGGGCGCCUCCAUGCAGCGCCGGGCCGACAGCGUCGUCAGCCUCCUCACCGACGCCGACCGCCUCAGGGACGCGCGCCACCGCGCCGCUGUCGGUGUCCGCUCAUUCCCCUUCUCCCACGCCGCCGAUCACCACGGCGUGGUCAGCCCGACCGCCUCCGCCUCCCCCGUCUCUUCGGCGUCGUCCGGCUCCUCCCGCGGAUCACGCGGCACCUGGUCCUUCGCCUCCGCAUCGCCGCACUACUCCGACAGCCCCGCCUUCGUCUGCCUCUGCUCCCCCAACGCCGACUACCGCCACGACAAGAAGUUCGACGCCUACACCGCCGACGACAAGCGCGACGGUGGUGUCGUCGUCGAGGAGGAGGCCGACGACUACCCGACCCCGCAUAGCCAGGGGAGCUGGCUCGAGGAGUCGCCCUCGCAGUCCGGAUCCCCCGCGAGCUGCUGCAGCAGCGCCAAGAGCACCAGCAGCAGGAGGGCCUCCGGCUUCCUUAGCUUGUCGCAGCCAGAGCGAAGGAACAGCAGCAAGAAGCUCCAGCGCCAGCUUUCCUUGGAUUAUUAGUUAAUUGCUUUCGUCCACCCAUAAUUUUUUCGACGAUAACAUACGUUUUGCGUCUUCAUUCUCAUCCAUGCAUGAUCAACUCAAGUAUAUGUAUAGGGAUUGCAAUAGUUACAGCAUGAGCAUUCUUGUUUUCCUCUAUGUGCACUUUUUCUGCAUGCAUAUACCAGAUAGUAGGAGUACAGUUUAGAUACCCGCAUUUGAUCAAAUGUUUUUUCUGUAAUGGAUAUGUAUUGUUAACUAAUUUAACACACGCAUUCACAGUGACA